AUGUCUGCCAUCCAGAACCUCCGUUCUUUUGACCCCUUUGCUGAUGUGAGUGAGAGUGAUGAUCUGCUUCCUGCUGGCACGGAGGAUUAUAUCCACAUGGGAAUUCGACAGAGAAAUGGCAGGAAGAGCUUUACUGCUGUCCAAGGGAUCACAGAUGAUUAUUACAAAAAGAAACUAGUGAUGGCGUUAAAGAAUGAAUUAGCCUGCAAUGGUACUGUAAUUGGGCAUCUAGAAUGUGGAGAAGUAAUUCAGCUACAGGGUGACCAGUGCAAGAAUGUAUGCCAGUUCCUCGUAGAGACUGGACUGAUUAAGGUUCAUGGGUUUUAA